GCGCGAGAGAAGAGCUCCGCAGCGCGGCGGCGGCGGGACCGCGGCGCAGCCCCGGGGACACGGCUCGGCCCCGCGGCAGCGCCGGCCCCGGGACGGCGGCGCCCGCGGCACCAUGGGCGGCCUGGGCCUGGCGCUGGGGAUCCUGCACUACCUGGGGCUCUACCUGCAGCUCGGCGCCGCCUCCCGGCACCCCCCGUGGGACGCCCCGGCGGCGGGCAGCGCCCUCGCUCUGUCUCCUGCAGCCCUCUUCACCGAGACCCCCCACGACAUGACGGCGCAGGCGGGCGAGGAUGUGGAGAUGGCGUGUUCCUUCCGCGGCACCGGCUCCCCCUCCUACUCCCUGGAGAUACAGUGGUGGUACGUCCGCAACCACAAGGACUGGGCAGACAAACAGACGUGGGCUUCCAACCAGCACCUGAAAGCUUCGCCGCAGGAGGAGCCUGGGAAGGACGCGACUAAAAUAAGCGUGGUGAAGGUGGUCGGCAGCAACAUCUCCCACAAGCUGCGCCUGUCGCGGGUGAAGCUGGAGGACGAGGGCACGUACGAGUGCCGGGUGAUCGACUCCAGCGACGGCCAGGCCCGGCACCACAAGGUGAAGGCGUACCUGCGCGUGGAGGCGCCGGGGGGCACGGGGCACCCCCAGGACACGCAGCCGCAUGGAGCAGCGCUGCCGGAGCCCGGCUCGGGGCACGCUCACCACCACCACCACCACCACAAGGCCGGGAAGGAGCUGAGGAAGCGCUCGGCGGACGCCUCCUGCGCGCUGUAGGCGGGCGGUGCCGGGGGGACGCCGCAGCCCCCCCCCAUGCCCCGGACUCAGCGGAGCCCUCGGGGGUCCCGUGCCCCUGCCAGAGACUGGCCCCGCCGCCCAUCUUGCCCAUCGACCCCCUCGCCCUCCUCCUCUUCCUCCCGCCGGCCAGCACCGGGUCGGUCUCUUCCCCAGCCCCGUGGUGCAGCGGCGCCAGGGCUCGGUGCGGGAGCAGGACCGUGUCCAUGACAGGGGCAUCACUGGGGCUGGUGAUGGUCCCCAUCCCACUGGUGCCAUGUGGGGGUGCCCUGCUGUUUGCUGCCACCGCGGUGCCACCGGCCGCUUUGUGCCCCAGCUUUGGUGCCCGGUGGAACCCCUCUGCCUGUGGGACCCUCCCUGCCCUCCCUCGUGCUUCGCAGAAACCUCCUCCUGUUCCCGUAGGAGCCCCGGUUUAGUUGCUCUGCUCAGCCCCGCUCUGUGUAUAAGUUCCAGCAUCCAUCUUA